AUACCUUAGGGGUUGAUUGUAAUUUACCCUUUCAUAUAAUUAUUCCAAUUUUCACCCAUAAUUUCACUGAAGCCGCCGUGGCCGUCGAUUCCGCCAAUGAAAGAAAUCGAUAAUAAUUUCCCACGGUCAGAUUUUCCACAACAAUACGCAUUAGCGAUCGAAUUUGAUGUUUUGUUUAUGAUUUUAGCGCAUUUGGGAUUCUAGGGUUUACGUUUUUUGCUCUCAACAUCAAACAUUUGAUUUCUGUGACGCGUCGAUAGGGAUUUUCCAAGGGGGCUGCACAAAAGUCGUGUUAUUUUUCCCGAACGAUCGAAAUGGAUCGGCAGCCACAUGAUUACGGUGCUCCUAUGACGUACGGACAACAACAGCAACAACAACAGCAAGCAACUAAUAUGCAGCAACAACAACAACCGUACGGUUUUCAUCCACAGCAUCAACAAUUUCCACCAUCUGUCCACGGCCCCCCGUUUCUGCCCCCACACCCCUCUCUUCAGCAGCAAUUCCCUUACCCUCGUCCAAUGCAACAAUCCCAAAUCUACCCCCAUUUGCCCCCCCACCCCCACCUCCAUCAACAGUCACCGUCAUCUUUCCCUCCACACUUACCUCCACAUCUCGUCCCAUCGCCUUUCCAUGCACCGUACGACUCCAACCCACCACCCCCUACCCCACCUCCAUCCGACCCCGAACUUCAAAAACGCAUCGACAAAUUGGUCGAGUAUGCCGUCAAAAACGGGCCUGAAUUCGAAGCUGUGGUCCGCGAAAGAGAGCAAGAUAAUCCCGCUUACAGUUUCCUUUUUGGCGGCGAAGGCCAUAAUUACUACCGCCACAAGCUUUGGAUUGCAACGAGACCCUAUAAUCCUCCUUUCCCUUUGCAUCCACCUAACAACCCGAUUAAUGCUCCGAAUGCUGCCCCUGUGGGCUCUGCUCACCUGCAGCAACCCCCGUUCCAGCCUUACUACGAGCAGCAGCACUCUCAUCAUUCUCAGCCGUUGAUCGGCCAUAGUAGACCUGGAUUCGAUCAGCCUUACAGGCCUCCUUUCACGGGUCUAUCUAGACCGCUUCCUGCGGAUAUCGAGAUGGAGCUGAAUGGUGUUCUCAACAGUCUUACGGGUACAAAGGAGUCGAUUAAAGGUGCAAAGACUUGGUUUAUGCAGAGGUCUCCGUUCUUACCUGGUCUGGCUGAGGCGUUGCGUGAUCGGGUGUUUUCUCUCGAUGAUUCCGAGAGGCAACUGCAUAUUGUUUACCUUGCCAAUGAUAUUCUGUUUGACAGCUUGCAGAGGCGGGUUAACCCUCAAGAGAUGGAUAACGAGGCACUUGCGUUCAAGCCGGUUUUGGGUUCUAUGUUGGCUAGGAUAUACCACAACCCGCACAACAAAGAGGAAAAUCAGUCGCGUAUUCAGAAAAUCCUCCAAUUCUGGUCCUCCAAGGAAGUCUUCGAUCACGAAACUAUGUUCGGGUUUGAAAACGAUAUGAUGAAUGGGCUGCCACCUACUCCUUUUCCGGGUCCUCACACAGACCCAUCUUCUUUUUCAGGAGACCGUUCUGUCGCCCCAGGAAUGCAUCAGAUGGCAAACUACAACUCGUUACAAUGGCAACAACACGAUAAGCACAACCCCAUUUCAAAGAUGCCCGAUCAAGAAUAUUCCGACAAACAAAUCCCAUCUCUGCCACCUCAGCAAUUCCACCCAACAUCGAUUCCUUCCAUGCCUCUACCCCAGCCUCCUGUUCCCAGCCAAACCGGAGAAAAAUUACCGCCAUACCCUUUAUUCCCACCAGGACUUAUUCCCGGCAUGGUUCGGAAAAUGCAGAUAGGCAGCGGUGUACCUUACUCUCCAAUGAGCCCACUCGAUAUUCCCACUGUGAUUCCACCCUCGAACGUUUCUCCAUCCGAAGCGCUCGAGAGAGUGUCCAAAUUCUUCAAGGAGAUUGGAGAGGUGAAUCCCUCUGUGGGGCCCACGGAAUCGAGAGACGACGAUGAUGAAUAUGAUUAUGAUUACGAGAGGGAUUUUUCGGCCCGUAAAGGAGGGGCUUGUAUACCUCCGCCACCUGGCCUGAAUGUGGACUCGGAUAGUGGGACCCGCGCUGAUGGAUCCGUGGAGCGGAAAUCCGGGUCGGGUCGAUUGGGUCUUGGAGCGAGUUCGGAUCCAAACGGGCCGAGCCAGUACGAUGAUGUGUACUCUUCGUAUAGGAAACAGAGGAGCAGCAAUUAUCAUACGUCUAUGAGUGCGAGAGCUGCCGCUAGAUGAAACUUGUAUUUUUUUUUUUAAAUGUUAUUUCAUGAGUUUUAACAUUUUCCGAGGGUCUUGUGACAUUUAUGGAGGUUCUAACUUCGACCGUUUACCGGAAAAUCGAACGCAGUUAUGUGGAAAUUUUAGAAAUCUGCUGUCAUGUGUGAUUCUGUGAAAAUGCCUGUCAA